AUAAAGCGGGUAUCAACUGCUUCGCUGCAAAUCGUCUGGAUUUGAGUGUACAUUAGUAUGAUCUACGAAGAUGUUGCCUAAACACGCUACUGUUGCUCUUGCGCUGUUGACGGUGUCGCUGACGGUGUCGCUGAUGGGUCUAUCCCAGGCCCAGCUAAAGGACGGUUGCAAGAUGGAGACUCUGAGGGCUUGCGGUGAGGAUUACGUUCCCUUCGCGAAGACAUCGCACAUGGAGUCGUCUGGGCCAGUGUUUGAGAAGCAAUGCGAGACAUUCAAGCAACAGAUCACCUGCAGUAACCAGUUCUCCAAAGACUGCCUAGACGGUCUGUCCAAGGCUGCUGCGUUGCUAACCCUAGAAGCCUUCCAGGACAACGUCGACGCCACCUGCAUCAAAGGUUCUGAGCAGCACGAAGCCUUCCAGAACUCCGUUGGCUGCUUGAACUCCGUUGGCAAGGAAAUCAAUGGCUGCUUCAAGGAUAUCCGUGAAAGCCUGCAGCUGUCCGUUGCCAAGGCGCCCCCCAAGGAAGUCAUCCACUAUGUAUGCUGCUCGUACGGUGACUUGCUUGGCUGCCUCGAUCAGACACUGGCGCCCUGCGAAAAUGACGGUGGCAAGAAGUUCAUCACUGGCCUUUUAGAGCAAGCGUUAGGGGAGCCCCUCAGUCUCGUGUGUGGAAAUUACCGAAGCGGAUCGGAGAACUGCAAAGCUUUGCAGAACCUACCGCUGCUGGGCCCGAACGACCGCAAGAUCGAUGGUUUCCUGGAACUGCUGAUUGAGGCUAGCAAGAUGGUGGGCCGCACGAAUUAG